AUGCCGGACGGCCGAAUCCUCGACCUCCCAGAUGUCACCUUCACAGCGAGAUAUUGGAAGGAUGGCAAAGUAUUGAUGCUGGCUCCAUCAUUCCUAGGCUGGGUUGGCAUCCACACGGGCAUGCGCAUGGACGGCUGGACCUUUGAGCAGAACAUGCGUCAUCCCCUAGACCGGGCGAAAAGCCUUCAAGCUUUCAAGGCUGGGAAGGGAGAUCUCUAUGGUUGGAGGGUGAGACAGAUCAUGGAAACCAGCCCGACAUAUCAGGGCGCCCUGACGAGCCUCACGAACACAAGGGUGAUGGCACCCAUGUACUUCAUCCUCUCCGGCAAAGGCAAGUAUGAGGGCGCAGUCAUUACUAAGGAUCUCGGUGACGACCACUUGGCAGGCACUCCAGAGGUCCGGCAGUUGAAUGAAUCGGAUGGCACGUGGUAUCUUCUGCAGACCAACGACGACGUAAAUAAGUGGCCGGAGGAUUCGCGACGACCCGCCUCGAAGCUGAUGCUUGCCUCCGUGAACCAGACCCAGGUGGACCAAGCCCUUGUUUGGAAGCUCAUCCGUAGCCAGACGCUGGUGGUCCCAGAAACGGUCUUUACCUGGGUGGCCGACUCAUCGACUGGCUACAGCGAGGUGAUCACGAGUGGCCCCAAGCGAGUGGCGGGACAGAAGAUCGGCCACACCAAAUGGGCCCGGAAAGCGCUGCUGGCAUCCGAGA